UUCUACUGCGUUGAAUCAAGUCACAGCAAGCUUUACCCUUUGCCGGCCUCCAGCGACGCUGUGAUCGGUACCAGAUUCCAAUCAAACACUCACAGGUAGAUGGACUCCGAUGAUGACAGGAGAGGAAGGCGAGUCCCCUUCAAGGACAGGACCGAAUGGGCAGACGUAAGGCCUGUUCCGCAAGACGACGGCCCUAGCCCCGUUGUCCCGAUAGCCUACACCGACGACUUCUCAGAAACCAUGGACUACUUUCGCGCCGUCUACCUAGCCGACGAGCGUUCUCCCCGCGCUCUCCAACUCACCGCUGAAGCCAUCCGUCUUAACCCUGGCAAUUAUACUAUUUGGCAAUUUAGGCGUGUGGUACUCGAGGCAUUGAAUGCUAAUUUGCGCGAAGAAUUGGAAUUUGUUGAUCAUAUCGCCAGAGGCAACCCGAAAAACUAUCAAAUAUGGCACCACAGAAGGUGGGUAGCUGAGAAACUGGGAACUGAUGCUGUGAAUAAGGAGCUUGAAUUCACUAAGAAAAUAUUCUCUCAGGAUGCAAAAAAUUAUCAUGCAUGGUCUCAUAGGCAGUGGGUUCUUCAGGCACUUGGCGGGUGGGAAGAUGAACUUGCCUAUUGUCAUCAACUACUUGAAGAUGAUAUUUACAACAAUUCAGCUUGGAAUCAGAGAUACUUCGUUGUUACAAGAUCACCUUUAAUUGGAGGCCUGGCAGCAAUGAGGGACUCAGAAGUGCAAUAUGCAGUUCAGGCCAUUAAAACUACCCCCGAUAAUGAAAGUCCUUGGAGAUACCUUCGGGGUCUUUACAAUGGCGAUGUACAAUCGCUAUUGAGGGAUCCUCAGGUAACAUCAGUUCUUUUGGAGAUUUUGACUUCCAAAGCUAACCAUGUAUACGCCUUGAGCAUGCUAUUGGAUCUUUGUUGCCAUGGGUUUGAGCCAAGCCAAGAAUUGAGAAGUGCAGUACACGAACUCUCUCCAGAGUCAUGCUCAUCAGAUCCAAUCCUGAUAAAAGAGAUUUGUUCAAUCUUGGAAACAGUGGAUCCAAUGCGAAUAAACUAUUGGAAUUGGCGCAAAAGCACUACUACAGCUCAAUCAACUCAGUUUCAUAAUGAGGAUCGGUUGGCGGGUAUGAAUUUAUAAAAAAGGUACUCUAGUUGACUAUGGUAGUCAAUGCUCUAUUGUUUCUGAAACUUAUCUUGGCGAUGAGCACAAUUAUCCUUCCCAUGCUUCCCCCGACAUUCUGAAGAUGUUAAAGGACAAGAAGAUGCUAAGAUAGUGGCUAUGUUCCUUAGUUUUGUCUACUUGUCAAUUUGGAUUACUGCCAACUCUAGUAGUAUUCUUGUUCAAUUUCUGCUUGUUGAUUUUGACAUUUCAUCAAUUGCUAUAUAUGUAUCAAUGUAAACUAUACUAUCUGAUCCUGAGCAAUAAUUCUGCAGUUCUUUACAUUAUUCAGCC